GUGUGCGGCGGCCAGGCGGCGCUUCUUUGCGCUUGUUGAAUUAAUUUUUUUUAUAUAUUUUCGUAGCAUUAGCGUCUUCAAAUGAAUUAAAGUGUAAACUGUGCAAUACAGUGUUAGUGUGUGUAAAUAUGACUUGUGUACUUGUGAAUUUGUAUUAAAAAUGCGCCAAAAGCAAACAUCGGCUUUAGUUCAACAACAACAUCGAUACACAAGUGCGUGCUGCACAGCAACAACAACUAUAACAACAACAAUACAGCGCUAGUGCCAAAAUUAGCCGGCAUAGUCAGAGAGCACUUGUUUGAGUUCUCUACCCGCUUAUCGCUUGCGGUAAAAAAACACAAAAUAAAUAUAAAAAAAAAGAAAAGAAACGAACAUAAAAAACGAAUCGAAGGGAAACGGAGCAACAGGCGGCAAGCAACAAGUCCAGGCAAAAGAAGAAGCAGAAGCAGUGCGUACAACAACAAAGAUGUACACAUGACAACAACAUCGUUGAGCAUCAGCAUCCUAUAUGUGCGUGUGCGUGUCAAUGUGUAUGUGUACGGUGUAUGUGACUUCAUUUGCAAGACGCCUGAAACAUGCGUAGACCGUCCGCGUGGAGUCGCAAUCAUUAUUUUGUGAUUGGACUGUUGCUGGGCCUGGUGCUCAGUCGCUAUAUACCGCAGGACAUUUGGGAGCUGGUGCAGCAGGAGGAAUGUCCACAGGAGGCGGCCGAGAACCUAUUUAUCGAACGCUUUGGCCAGGAUUUUGAGCCACAUUUGAAUUUAAUCAACAAGCCGCUGGCGGCCAAAAAGCCGGUAAAAAAUGUAAUGCGACCGCGUUAUUACUCCUCGGAGUUGGGCAUAAGGGAGAAGAUCUUUAUUGGUGUGCUGACCUCCCAGGAGAACAUCAAUACCUUUGCGACCGCCUUUAAUCGCACCACCGCCCAUCUGGUCAAUAAGAUCAAGUUCUUCAUCAAUGCGGACAGCGUGAAGAGCAAUUAUCAGUUGAAGAAUAUUGUCGGGUUUACCGACACCCGAGAAAGUCGCCGCCCAUUCCAUGUGAUCAAGUAUAUAGCUGACAAUUAUCUGGAUGAUUAUGAUUACUUUCUGCUAGUGCCGGAUAAUGUUUAUGUCGAUGCGCGUAAACUAAAUGCAUUGCUCUAUCAUAUGAGCAUCACCUUCGAUCUGUAUAUGGGCGGGACACGUGUAGGAGCCGGAGGCGGGGGAGCGGGUGGAUUUGCUGAUGCGGGUGUGGGUGCGGGUGCGGGUGCGGGUGCUGGAGAUGCACCAGCAGGAUCUGAUGAUAAUGCCGGAGAUGAAUCGAAUGAUGAUUCGGAUGCGGCGGGCCUAAGUGAUCGCAACUAUUGUGCCCUCGAGGCGGGCAUUCUCCUCAGCAGUAGUGUCAUCCGCAAGAUGCGCAACAAUCUGGAACGAUGUGUCCGCAUUGGCAUCACCAGCGAUCACAGUGUCAACAUUGGCCGAUGUGUCAAGUAUGCAAGUCGUGUGUCAGGCUGUCAGGACACUUUUCAGGGUAUACGUCAAUAUAGCUAUGCUUUGAAUACGAAAACACGCCACAACAAGGAUCUCAGCAUUCUCUCCAAGGAGCCGGCAUUUCUGAAUGCUACCACUGUUUAUCCUGUGCAAACUCCAGCAGAUUUCUAUCGGCUACACGCUUAUAACUCCAAGCAUCAUCUGGAGCUUGUGCAACAACGUGGCUAUGAGCUGGAGCAGAAAUCGUAUCGCAUUGCGAAUGGCAGCAUCUCUAAUAAGAUACUCGAAAUACGUUGGCCAUUGGGCGUGCCACCGCCCAGUGCCCCAGAGACGCGACACGACAUGCUCACGUGGCAGCUACUCAAUGGGACGCACAGUUUUCUGCCCAAUGCGAAUGCGGAUCAUGCGGUGGCCGAGCUCAGUCGCAUCGAUGCCUCGGACUUUGCCAAAGUGCUGGAGAUAGCACUUCAAUAUGCCGCACAGAAGCAUCCCAAAUUGCGUUACCAUAGUUUGCACAGUGCUUACCGCAAAUUUGAUGCCACUCGCGGCAUGGACUAUCAAUUGCAUUUGAAUCUUUAUGAGGGCGCCACCCCAAAGCGUCUGCUACUCAAGAGUUUUGAGGUGGCUAAGCCCCUGGGACGUGUUGAGGUUGUGCCAUCGCCAUAUGUCACGGAGAGUACAAGAAUUGCAUUGUUGGUGCCAUCCUUUGAGCAUCAGGUGCCGGAUGCACUCGACUUUGUGGCACAAUACGAGCGUAUUUGCAUGAACAAUCAGGACAAUACUUUCCUGCUGCUGAUCUUCCUUUAUCGCCUGGACUCGUCCAGCAAGGGAGACGAUGAUCCCUUCAAGACGUUAAAAAAGGUCGCACUCGACUUAUCAUCCAAAUAUAAAACGGAUGGUUCUCGCAUUGCUUGGGUCUCUAUAAGGCUGCCAUCGGAGUUGAGUGCUCCAAUUGCUGAAGAUGAUUGGCUAAUGCAUGCUUCUAUGUAUGGACCAAGGCAGUUGCUCAGCUUGGCUGUUGCCGAUCUCGCACUUCCUAAACUUGGCCUGGAAUCGCUCGUGUUGUUGGCCACACCUAGUAUGUUGUUCCGUACGGAUUUUCUCAAUCGUGUGCGGAUGAAUACCAUACAGGGAUUCCAGGUGUAUGCUCCAAUUGGUUUCCAGUUGUAUCCCUGCAAUUGGGCGCAUUUCUGCAAGGAGUGCGAUACCUGCGAUAUUAGUCAGAGCAGCGGAUACUUUGAUCGUCACAAUCACGAUGUCAUCGCCUUCUACAGUCGCGAUUAUGUUCAAGCUCGCAAAUUGUUGGACUCUCAGGGAUUGCCCAUCAUGCGCUCUGAUCUGGAUAUUGAGCAGCUGCUGCAGUCACCACAGCGUCCGUCGGGUGUGGAGAGCAUCCUGGAUAUGUUUGUGGCUGCCCAGCAUACGGUGCACAUCCUGCGAGCGGUUGAGCCCCAUCUCCGCUUUGGGUUAGAUGUGCGCAAUCAUUUGGCACGCGGUGGCAAGUUGCCAAUUUCGUUGCCCAGCAGCUGUGGGCGGAAGCAGUGCAUCCAUUUGGCCUCACGCAAACAGAUUGGCGAUGCCAUCAUUCGAUACGAGGACAAAAGUAUUCUGCAAAAGUAGUUGCUUCACGGCUGUGAGUGCGAGCGAGAGGGAGCACUGCUUUAAACUGUUAUACAUAAUUAAAUCAUCAGUUCCUUUAAAAACAUAUAUUUAUAUAUUUCCAAGUGUGUAAAUGCGUUUGUUUGUGUGUGAGGGAGUGUGUUUGAUUGUGUGUGCGUGUGUGUGUGUCGAUCUAGACAAUUUUUGUUGUUUAAUUUUGAUACCCUGUAGUCAUUGUAAAAAGAUUUAAAAAAAAAAGAUAUUUAACUCAAGUCGACAUUGCUGGCGCCACCUAGCGUACAUAGCUUGUCCGAGGUUUGAGUACAGGGUAUCAGGUAGUCGUUAUUUUUUCUGUGUAAAUGCCUUGCUUUAAAGUGAAACUUUUUAAUGCUCAAAAUGAUAGGACAAGAAUUGUUAUUUUAGUUAGUUCUCAAACAAAAGAAUAAAGUGGGAAAGAAGCGUGGAAAGAAAGAAAACUUCUUAGGGAAGGGAGUGUUUAGGGGGAAUAACUUGUAGCUGCCAAAAUGCUUGCUUAGGAUUAAUCAAUAUACAAAUAUACAUAAAUAUUAUUAUAUAUAAAGAUUACUUUGUCGAAAGUAGUUUGUAAGUUUUGAAUUGGGAAGAGUGUAUAACAGUUGUAUAACAGUGUACGUACAACAGCCAUUAGCCAAUAUUCAGGACCAAUUUAGCUUGUCAUUUUAGCCACUCUCAUCCAUUAGCAAAUGUAAAUAAUUUAUUUAAACUAUAAAUAUUAUGUAAUUACAACAAUUCCUAUAUAUGUAUGUCUACAAUUUAUAUAUAUUUUUAGUAAAUAGCUAAGUGUUAAACUAUGUUAUACAUUUACCGCUUAAGUUAUACAAAUUGGCUGUUGAAGUUAAUCGAAAUGUAACUGUGGAAUGCCGCCUUAGCCAAAAAGAAAAAAACAAAAUAAAAUG